UGGUGAGAGAUUCACGGACCUAACACGAUCAGAACGUAGGCAUAUAUAACAUCCAUAUGGAAAAUAUAGAAAUGAAGAGGGUGUACUUGGAAGACUUUGACGAUGUUAUUGCGAUAAGAAAAGGCAUUUACGGACAACUGGAUUUUCUACCAGGUCUUUACAAAACAAUGAUGACCAAUCACAUCGGUUAUGCAGCAUUGUGCAGUGGAAAACUAGUAGCAUUUGAAGCUGUUACCUUUGUCGACGAAGGUGCAACAAUGGUUCCUAGAGCUUUACGUGUUAGCACUGCGUACGAAGGAAGAGGCUUGAUACGGAUGCUGAAGGCAUUCAUUGAUAAACAACAUGAACACGAUAUAGAGUUGAAGCGCAGAGCAUAUACCUUCGGCAUGAAAAGUCUUCUGAAGAGGGUCGAGGAUGGUAAGGCAGAUUUUAUUCUUCAGAAGCCUUUAAUGGUUUUCAAGGGAAGUUCGAAAUUAGUUUUUGACAUUCUUCCGCCAAAUAAAGACACAACUGUCAAACAAUUACAGAGAACGGAUUUAAAAGAAAUUCUGCGUUCAAAAACAACAUGCAAACUGUUGUUUCCGAAAGGUCGGCUUAUUGUUGACUGGGUUCCUUACCGCUUACUUGAAUCCAACGUAGACCACUUCUUUAAUGAGCACUGCAACGUUUUCGGAAGUGGCUUCCAAACUGGAGUACAUGAACCUCAACUCCUAACGUUUGGAGUCGCUUAUGUGUCGCCCGCUGGAAUUCGUUUUAGCCUUGAUAUCUAUGGAUGCAUCUCAGAGCAAAGUUUUAUGCGUCAUUUGACAGAACAUUUGAGAACAUGUAGGAAGUUUAAACUUGAAACCGUGUACUUAGUUAUAUUUUGUGAGAGCGAAAUAAAUGACCGCAGCACCAUCCUUUCAGCAGUCGAACGCUACAAAAUGAUAGCGUCGGAUGUGUUCGAUUUCGACAUAUUGUAUUGUGUGGAAGAACCCUUGAAGAAGCAAUAUCGUGAUUGUUAAAACAAGUGUCGCUUGACUUAAUGAAGAAAUCGUUCAUUCUUGGCACCAACGUUGAAUUAUAAUAUUGGAAAUGAGCACACAUGCAUCAUAUUUUUGACACGAUUGUUUAUGCAGACAAACAUGAUGACAUGAUUUCACAACGGACCUGUCGGUCUAUUGUAGUUAGUAAGGAAAAUGUACAGUCUGUAGUGACAUUCAACUACAAUACUUCUAGGGACCAAAUCUCUUAUUUAGAGAUACAUCUGAUUCAAGCGGAUAUUUUCCCCUGUUAAAAUAUGAUCUCAUAAGUGAGCUAGACCAUUUCUUAAAUUACCUAAAUAAGUUAAUAUGAAACAUGUGUUUAUUUGAGAAUACCUUUUUACGUAACGUAAUAAACA